GGAAAUCGCCGAAAUAACGCAGUAGAUCGUUAACGCAUCUUCGUCCUAGAACCUGAAAUAUAUAUCAUCAAGAAGAUGGGUCUGCUUGCCAUUUUACGGAAAUUACGAUCGAAUCCUGAUAAAGAGCUACGAUUAUUACUACUGGGUCUGGACAAUGCUGGAAAGACGACUAUUUUAAAAUCUUUGGCAAGCGAAGAUAUUACCCAAGUAACUCCAACACAAGGUUUUAAUAUAAAAAGUGUUCAGAGCGAAGGUUUUAAAUUAAAUGUUUGGGAUAUUGGUGGAGCUCGAAAAAUUCGACCAUAUUGGCGAAAUUAUUUCGAGAAUACGGAUGUACUUAUUUACGUUGUUGAUAGUGCGGAUAUCAAAAGGUUGGAGGAAACGGGACAAGAAUUAUCAGAACUUCUAUUGGAAGAAAAAUUACGCGGAGUGCCAUUAUUAGUAUACGCGAAUAAACAAGACUUGGGACACGCCGUAACAGCAGCUGAAAUAGCCGAGGGACUCGGUUUACACAAUAUCAAGGAUCGUGAUUGGCAAAUACAGUCGUGCAUCGCUAUUGAAGGCAAAGGCGUGAAAGAAGGUUUAGAGUGGGCAUGCAAGAACAUUAAAAGGAAAUAAUAAACACACCAUGGAAAUCGAGAGACAUAAUUGACGUUUAUGCCUCAUUAGAGCGCACGAAAGGAACAAGGCUUACACCAUCUCCAUUGUACAUUUUACACAUGAUCUUUAUUUAUCUUUUAACUACUAUUUACAAAAAAUUAUUUAGAACAUUGUUAUGUAGAUUUGGUAUGAAUGUACGUAUAUCGAACGGGUUCUACAAAUCCGUCGUCAUAUCGAAUAUAUCCAAUUGUCAGACUUCCGUCCAUUUUGGACUCGAGAAGUUCUAUUUUUCGCAGAAAAGAGAGUAAUUGCGAGUCCAUAAAAUAUAUACGGCAAAUUCUACUUAAAUGUGCCUUCUUGCUGUUUUAAAUAUAGAUUGGAAUUUUUAUAGAUUUAUCUAGUGAGAAAUAAAAAAAUAAAGAGAUGUAACAAGAGGAAA